AUGAGCUUUAGACUGUGGACAUUUACUUAUUUGUGACGGGAACAAUUAAGUUAAGGUUUUAAAGUGUAGUUCUGUGUUAACAGUCUCCGUGUUUGGAUGUUUUUAAACAGCGUGUUUUAUGGCUAAUCAGUAGCAUCAUGUGAAUGGAUAGCGGCUGUGGAUGUGUGAAUUAUUCAUAUACAGUGCAUCUGUACAAUAUGUGCAGUCUGCCAUACAUUUGUAAUAUGAAAAGGGAUACUUUAGCUACAUGGUAGUACUUUGACAGUGCUGCAUGCACAGCGUCCCGGCGUUGUAUUGAGUUUUUAAACAUCUUCAACUAAAUGGCAGUGGUGCUAAUUUUAGUAGACAGCUAUAGUUUUAUUUAAGAAGAAAAGGGGAUGCUUAUAUUUUUAGCACCAGAUUGAAAAGGAGAGCUGAAAAUGUUGAGUCAGAUCAGUCUGUGAAGAUGCCAGCUGGGGUGUCUUGGGCUCGGUACGUCCGGAUGUUAGGAGCCAGUGUUUUGGCCAUGUUUGCAGGAGCACAGGCUGUCCAUCAAUACUACCUGCCUGAUCUGAGUAUACCAGACGUCCCACCAAAGCCUGGUGAGCUUCGAACGGAGCUGCAGGGCUACAAAGUCAGAGAAGAAGCCUUAAAGAAGGUUAAAUCUGAACGAGAUACCGGCUGAUGUGGAUCUACAUCCUCUGUGUGACAGACACUGAAAGAAGCGGAUAGCACUAGCCCCACUAUGUCAUGUGUGGGAUGUCUGCACAUAAAUAUCUUCUGUGGUUUCUUCUAAUGGGACAAACAGGAGAAGAAUAAAGUACCAUACCAUUGGCUAUCAGGGAUCUUAAGGAUCUUAUCCGGAUUGUCUCUCCCCCCCCGCUGUUAUUGCAUUUCUUCUUCCUUCUUGAAUGUGUUUGCAUUGUUGAAGUGCAAAAUACUCUGAGGUUUUAAUCAGGAAAACAUAUAGCGGGACUUGGAGUCAUGAAAGAGUUUAUGGCCUCCACCAUGGAGAUAAAAAUGUUUUCAAUUAAAAAAAGACAUCAAACAAGAAUUUUGGCAGCACUUUGUGGUACAUGAGAGUGAUUUAAACUGAAAUGCAUACAAUUUCCUUUUUUGGAACAAAAAAAUUUAAUAGAUAUUUUUUUGGGCGGGGGAGUUGUUCCACUCAUUGGAUGACAGCAUGAGACUUAUGAUUUUUAAUGUUGACUGUAAUUGGUUAGGGAGGGGGAUAUGAAGUGUUCUUAGUAUAGUGUGGCAUGCAAUGCAUUCAUUUGAUCACAUUUUUUGUUGUAUUCAAGCUUGAAGUGCUUUUCAUCAAAAUAGCUUUUGACAGUCCUUUUUUUUUUAAGAUCACAAGUCUAAACUCCUACAUGUUGGCAGGCGUAAAGUUUAAGUUAAGGUUAAAUAACAAUGGAAAUAAUGCCUUUCAAUUGAUAAGUGCUACAGAGAAGUAGAGUGUCAAAUUAUUUUUUACGAAGGAGUACAUAAGUAAAGUAAUAAGACCCCAACACUGAUUGUUUGAGGGAGCUCCUAUCUAUCAAUACAAACUGACACUAUAACUGAGAGGGUUACACAUAAGCCAAGAUGGUGUUAUAAUUUCCAGAGGAGAAAGGUUUUUUUAAAAACUUUAAUUUGGGCCUAGCUUUUACACAUUUAUUAAUCGUGUUCAGUUGAUAGUUAUAUAAAUGCUGUUUAAAUGGCUUUACCAUGCAAGUAUUGUAGAUAAUGCUUCAGGCAGCAUAUUUGAUGGGAAGACUGGCUUCCGAUCAAAUAUUAUUGCCCUGCUUCUCUUCUGACCAGUUCAUAAGCAAGUAAGGUUUAUUUAUGUAGCACUUUCCAAGAACAAACUUCACAAUAAAGUACUUUACAAAGUGGUAAAAACCUGGUGGUCACAACAAAAGCACAGUCACCAGUACUUGUAUUGCUCAGCACUGU